AAGAAGAAGAAGAAGAAGAAGAAGAAGAUGAUGAUGAUGAAGAUGAUCACCGGUUAUAGUUUAACGACUCAUAACGAGUUCAGCCGAUCCAAUCGUUAGCGAUCGGCUGCUAGGGUAAAAAAAAGAAAAACAAAUAUAUUCAUAUAUUGAGUUUCAACGGACUCGUUUCUUUGAGCUUAAUUUAACUUGUUUCCAGACCAUUUCAGCACGUUAAAGAGUUGUACGGACUUCUCAAAAUGGACAGUGAAAUGUCUGACACAGACCUAUUACCUGGGCGUGAGAGUAGUAGCAUCGAGGGAGAGAAUGCACCACUCUACUGUAUCUGCAGAAAACCGGACAUCAACUGUUUUAUGAUUGGCUGUGAUAAUUGCAAUGAAUGGUUUCAUGGUCACUGCAUUAAUGUCACUGAGAAGAUGGCCAAGGCAAUCCGGGAGUGGUACUGCAUGCGAUGUAGAGGUCAAAACGCUUCAUUGGAAAUAAAGUACCGCUCAAAGAAGAACAGAGAAAAGGAUUCUGAGUCAGAAAGAACUGAAAAACAAUACAGCAACUCUAGUACUCCAGAAUAUAGAAGUGAGAGGCGGCGUGGAUCAAAGGUAAAACGCUCUGUCCGCAUGUGUGGGGAAUGUGAGCCCUGCAGAAGAACUGAGGACUGUGCUCAGUGUGACUUCUGCAUGGACAUGAAGAAGUUUGGAGGCCCCAACAAAAUAAGGCAGAAGUGCAGAUUUAGGCAGUGUGAAGUUCGGGCCAGGAAAAUGCUGCGUGUGAAAGAUGAGGAGUUCUCCUUGCAAGACAGGCGAGAGAAUUCCCACCACAAGCGGAGACGAUACUCUGAUGACUAUGACAGUGAGGCAGAGCUGUACCAGCAAUACAAAGCAGCUGGAUAUGACGAUGCCAUGCCGUGGCUCAGCGAUGAGGAUGAUGAGCCUCCAUUCAGUCCUGUCAUGCGAAAGAAAGCUGUGAAGGUGAAACAUGUCAAGAGACGAGAGAAGAAGUUCGACAAGAAAAAGGAGUCCCGACGCCACAAACAAAAGCAGAAACACAAGGAUAAAACCAGACACAGCAGUCGAGGGGAUGGUGGUGAUAGUGGAGGUUUGCGUCAGUGUCUAGGGCCCAGCUGUGUGGAGGCAGCACGUCCCAACUCCAAAUACUGCUCUGAGGACUGUGGCAUGAAGUUGGCUGCCAAUCGAAUUUAUGAGAUUCUCCCCCAGCGUAUCCAGCAGUGGCAGCAGAGUCCCUGCGUUGCUGAGGAGCAGGGUAAAAAACAGCUGGAGCGCAUCAGGCGUGAUCAGCAGAAUGCUCGCCUGCGUCUAACAGAGAUGGAGCGGCGCUUCCAUGAGCUGGAGGGCAUCAUCGCCAAAGGCAAGCAGCAGGUGGUUCAGCAGGAUGAAGAGGUGAAUGAAGGAGACAAUGAUGACACAGACUUGCAGAUUUUCUGUGUGUCUUGUAGUCACCCCAUCAACCCAAAGGUUGCACUGAGACAUAUGGAACGAUGUUAUGCCAAGUAUGAGAGUCAGACCUCAUUCGGUUCCAUGUUCCCUACAAGAAUAGAAGGAGCAACUAGACUCUUCUGUGAUGUAUAUAAUCCUCAGAGCAAAACUUACUGCAAGAGGCUUCAGGUUUUGUGUCCGGAGCAUUCCAGGGACCCCAAGGUUUCUGCUGAUGAGGUGUGUGGAUGUCCUUUGGUUCGGAAUGUAUUUGAGGUGACAGGUGACUACUGCAGGGUCUCGAAACGGAAGUGCAACAAGCACUAUAACUGGGAGAAGCUUAGGAGAGCCGAGGUGGAUUUGGAGCGAGUCAGAGUGUGGUACAAGCUGGAUGAGCUCUUCGAGCAAGAGCGAAAUGUUCGAACUGCUAUGACCAACAGGGCUGGUCUGCUCGCUCUAAUGCUGCACCAAACCAUUCAGCAUGACCCCAUAACAACAGAUCUGCGUAGCAACAAGGAUAGGUAGUCUGCACCUAUUUUUUCCCCCACUGUGUAUAUUUAUAAUAAAGUUAGAAAUUUGCAUUGAUUUUUCUAUGAGAUGAAGACUAUAUUAUUCAGAUUUCUCUGUUUUAAUAAAAAAAAAACUUGGUUAACUGGAUUCUGUACUGUAUUUUUUUUAAUAAUAAUGAGGAAAUUGAUAUGUUCGAAUCUUGUGUGUGGUAGACAAAGUAUUGCUGAAUGAUUGCUAAUGACCUUCUCAUGAUUACCCCAAUUGAAUAUUUUACAGGAUUUUUUUAGGGAGUUGUUUCUUAUCUGAUGUGAGGGUCUAAGUACAAGAUGUUGUGUUGUUGUAAAGCCCCCUGAGGCAAAUUUAUAAUGGGCUAUACAAAUAAAAUUGA